CAAACAUUUUAUGCUGACAUUGUGACAUAAAUAUGUGGACUAUUUUUAUUAUGACAGUGUAUGCGAGGGAGCCAAGAGUGAUGGCGGCGGGCAGCUCUACGGCCAGGACUAUGGCAGAUGUGAAGGCUGCACUCGCUCAACUAGAUGACCUCAGUUCAAAGGAAAAAAGAGCAUGUAUAGAGCUUUUAAUUCGAAUUUUUAGGAACGUUGUCACUCAUCCAGAUGAGCCCAAGUAUCGGACACUGAAGAUAACCAACAAAACCUUUAACUGUGAUGUGUGGAGGCAUGAAGCUGGUAGACUGGUGAUGGUGGCUGCAGGGUGGGAGAUCAGAGGGGAGACGGUACAACUGCCUCCCCAAGUCCACCCGACUUUAGAGCUUGACAUCCUUCUGGAAAAUAGAGAAGUAAAGCCAGAUGAGAGAGAGUGGAUAAGUGAGACUAAAGUUAUAAUUCCUAAUGCCGCCAAACAACUCGAAGAAGAACUUCGAAGAAAAGCUUUAGCUAAGAAAGAAAAAGAGAUGGCGGCUCUACAGAAGGAAAUGGCUGAGCGGAAAGCAAUUGCUGAAAGGAUCCGUAUUGAGCAUCACAGAGAUCAGGAGACUAAGAGGAGAGUGAAGAAUGCUGCCAAGGCUGUACCUCGAGGCAAGGGAGAAGUUUCAAAAAUGUCAGAUAUGUUGCCUAAAGGUGGUGGGGGAUGAGGGUAAUACAGAGUCAGUUGCCUGCUGUGAGCCAUGGUGAAGAUUUCUCUUAUGAUGUACUGAAGCAAUAAUUGUAAAGUCAGAUAUAUACAUUACUGUUUAAGUAUUGGUAAAUAAGUUUGGGUAAAGUAUUUUGACAUACUUUAAUUUUAUGAAUUUUGCUAACUUUAUGAAAAUUUACAGCUGAACUACAAAUGUACUGUUGAGUGGCUAUGACAAUUAAGAUAAAGCUGAUGGUUCAUUGUAAGAGUUCGAAUAAUGGCUUAUUUUGGUGGCUGACUUGAUAGUGUGUGAUUUGUUUGUAAUGUAGUUAUAUUGUGAAUAGUUUUCAAAUAUUCUAGUGCUCUUUAUUUGCAUUCACUUUCAAUAAAUUUUUAAGUGUCCUGUAUUUUGGUAUAUAGUGUGUAAAAAUGUGAUUAUGACAAUCAAAGCUCACUAAUUUGGGCCACAUGGGCUAACCCUAAUCCAAAUUAUAUUUACAGCAGAUUCAAAUUAUUUGAUUUUCAUCUUGCCUUGGUGGAGUUAACACCUAGCUGUCUUGAUCACUGAAAGACUGAAUUCUGAACAUUAACCUAACCAUAAAAUCAUGGUACAAAUCCUUGUAUUUUAUGUAUUUCCCCAUUAUUUAUAUAAUAUCAGACUCGGUGCUUGUGCCUAUCCCAGAUUCUCAUGAAACACUUACAUUGGCACAACCAUUUUUGCAAAGUUCAAUGAUUCUUCAGUUAAUCCGUAAUUGAUAGAUUAACUUGCUUCUUUUUAAUAUAUUCGUGUUAAUAGCUGCUGCCAUCAGACUUGUUCUAGGCAAAAAAAGAUUUAAGUGUGUAUAAAAUUAAAAAAAAAUUAGGAAAGAAAAUCUUUCAGUUACAGACUGCCACUUUGUUAUACACAGUAUAAGUAGCAAAUAAUAAUAUUUGCUAUUAUUUUACAUAUACAGUACAGUACUGUUUUAAUAAUAUACAUAAUGUUUUAAUACAUCAUUUUAAUGUAAUUGUGCUAUAAACAAAGGCCGCCACAUGUCGUCUAUUAACCCGACAGCAGAGCCCAAUAAUUCAGAUUUUUACCCGUAUUAAAUUAAGAAAAACUCUAACGCAAUUUUGGCUGAAUUACCCAGAGAUUCUGGUUACAAAACUCCAAAUUAGGGAGCUUUUACUGUAUUUCAAAAUGUAAAUAACAUAUGAGGUAUAAUUCAUUAUUUUAGUAAAAAUAUAAUGUUAACCAUUACCUUUAUAUAUUACUAUGAAGUUAGUAAAAUUUUAACUUCAUUUAGUUUUGUAAAUGACUUAAUUGUAAGAUAUGAGGAACUUACUAUUCCAAUAUUGCUUGACUUUUCUAAAAUAAAAAUAAAAAAUUUGUGUUUUAGCUUGUUCUAUAGUGUAUAUGAAGCUAGUGUACAAAAGACCCUAGAGGCCAGUAUACUAGUGGAAGCCUUUCACUAAAGCCACAAGCUAAUAUCUUGCCUUUAUUAUAACACUACUACUAUUUUACUGAAUAAUUAUCUAUUGAAAUGUAAAAUUUUCUGCA